AUGACCAGAGCCAUUAAACCCACUUGCAAUGGGGAUGUGCCUGGACAGACGGCCCCAGUGCGCAUUCCAGCCACUCCCGGCUGCCUAGCCAGACAACUGCGCCUCACGUUGAGCAUACGGAAUUUUAAGACUCCGCCCGCGGUGCUCCCGGGGGAGAGAGUGAGGUCCUACGGAGGUACGGAGCGUCGCGGGCUAACCAACCGGAAAGAACUGCCACUCACGCGUGGGGAUCAGUUUCCCGCGCAAAACGGCAUUAAGGGUAACACGAUAAAGAGGAACAGACUGGAAAGGGCAUGA